CGCAGUGACCGUUUCCGGUACGUUUUGUAAACAAAGAAUUUUGCCGGUUGUAUUGAGAUUAAACAAGUAUGGAUAUCCGGCCAAAUCAUACAAUCUACAUAAACAACUUGAAUGAAAAGAUUAAAAAAGAUGAGCUGAAGAAGUCAUUGUAUGCUAUAUUUUCCCAGUUUGGACAGAUUUUAGAUAUUGUUGCCCUGAAGUCGCUGAAGAUGAGGGGCCAGGCGUUUGUCAUCUUUAAGGAUAUAAACAGUAGUACUAAUGCACUGAGAUCUAUGCAAGGAUUUCCAUUUUAUGACAAGCCUAUGAGAAUCCAGUACAGCAAGAAGGAUUCGGAUAUGGUAGCCAAAAUGAAGGGAACCUUUGUUGAGCGUCCCAAGAAACAAAAGAAGGAUGAAGAAGCACCUGCAGAAACAAAGAAAAGGAAACGUGGACAAGCAAAUGCAGCAAGAGAGCGAGCGGCCAGAGAACAAGCGGCUCAACCAGCACAACCUGUGGUGCAACAGCCAGUUCCCACACAAGCUGCCCCAUCUGGUGCUCCGACUGCGGCACCAACCAGUAUACCAGAACAGCCACCCAACCAGAUUUUGUUCUUGACCAACCUACCAGAGGAGACUAAUGAAAUGAUGUUGUCCAUGCUGUUCAACCAGUUCCCAGGUUUCAAGGAGGUUAGACUGGUACCUGGUAGACAUGACAUUGCCUUUGUUGAGUUUGAGACAGAGACUCAGUCCGCUGCAGCUAAAGACGCCCUUCAAGGCUUCAAGAUCACACCCAGCAAUGCUAUGAAAAUAUCAUUUGCCAAGAAGUAGAUGUGUUCUUUGUAUCGUUUUGUCACCUCUCAUUUUCAUGUCACCCCAACUGCUGUAAAAUCAGAGAAAAUGACGAGGGUAUAAUUUUCAGUAAUUCAGCAGUUCCAAUUUUUUCACAUAAAAGAAUGGUUCACAUGAAAGCUGCAAAUUUCAAUACUUAAAAGAGAAUUUUUUUUAUCUUAAGUGAAGGCUAAACCUUGUGUAAUUUGAAAGUUUUUAACAUGCAAAAGUUUGGCCAUACGAAAAUAUCUGAUUUUUUUUAUAUUAAUUCUUUAUAAAAGUCUGAAUUACACAUAAGAAUAGACUAAAUCUAUUUGAAAUGAAGAAAAGUAUUGGGAAAAUUUAUAUUAGAUAUGCUACGUAAAUAUGAAAAAUAAAUUACCAAAAUAUGAACAUUAGAAAUCAGUAUAACUAGAAAUUACAUGUUCUGUCACCUUGUUACUCGUUUUAUCUACCAUUUUCACAUAAAUCAUGAUAUUGAGUUAAAAGACGGUCAGUUGUUUGACCAUUGCACACUGGAGCUGCAUACCAAGUCACUGACUGCAGAAUAUGAUCUCCAACCAAAUUUAAUCCAUCGUUAAAUUUUUGAAUUGUAUUGUUUGCUUUUAAUAAAACAUAGCUCCUUUUAUUAGAUUCUCACUGUUACAAUGAUAUGUUUUCUAGCAAGACUGGGGAAAUUAAAAAAGAAACUGAUUCUGCAGUUCUCUAAAGCGCUCCUUGGUUACACCUGACCGUCAGAUACAUUGAUGAACUUUUGUUGUAUACUCUUUGUUGUUUUUGAUAAAUAAAGACUGCCCGGGUCCAAAGCCUACAUUGCACAAGGGCAGGCUAUGGACAUUGCACCAUGGGCAGGUUAGUCACUAAAUCAUUGUUACUUGAGGGGAAAUUGGGUCCAUGUGCAUGCCAAAAUCUCAUACUAAACUACUAGUAGUUUACCAUCUUUGGCUAUACGAUGCAGCAUCCUGACUUUUAAUAAAGGUGAGGAAAGAAAAAAAGAUGUCUUUUUUUUUACUUUAAUAUAUAACUUGCUAGUAGGAGGUUUAAAUUGUCAGAAAGUUACAUCUUCAAACUGUAUAUGAAAUGCUUGAUACUAAACAUCUGUACAUUUUACAAAUGCACUUUGAAAAUAAAUGAAUGAAAAACA